AUGGCGCUGAUCACCGUCUCCGGUUAUCCCUCUUCGGGCAAGACACGACGAGCAGAGCAACUUCGCGCCCACCUCGAACAACGCCUCGCCGACCCGUCCUACAUUGGCCCCAAGCUCAAAGUCGUCGUCGUCUCCGACGACACCCUCAGCCUCCCCCGCUCCGUGUACAAUGACUCGCGCUCCGAAAAGCCGGCGCGCGGCGCGCUCUUCACCGCCGCCCAGCGCGCGAUGGGCCGCGAUACGAUCCUCAUCCUCGACUCGCUGAAUUACAUCAAAGGCUUCCGGUACCAGAUCUACUGCGCCGCGCGCGAGUUCAAGGUCCGGAUGUGCACCCUGUACGUCGUCGCGACGCACGAGCACUGCCGGACGUGGAACGCGGCGCGGACCGAUGGACGAGCCUACGAGCCAGAAACAUUGGACAACCUGCUCCUCCGGUACGAAGAGCCGUCGUCCAUGGUCCGCUGGGACUCGCCGCUCUUCACCGUGCCCUGGACGGACGAGCACCCGCCGUACGACGACAUCUGGCGCGCGAUCACCACGGGCGAGAUCAAGGCGCCCAACGUCGGCACCCAGGCUGUCGCCAAAGCGCCGACGGACGCCCUCCGCACGCUGGAGCACAUCACCGCCUCCAUCGUCUCGUGCAUUAUGGCCGAACAGUCCUCUUCCGGCAUCGGCGGCGGCCCGCUCACGCUCUCCGUCCCUUCCUCCUCCGCCACCUCCCCCGCGAUCAAGCAAACCGUGACGCUCCCGCCGCGGAACGCGAGCCUCGCCGAGCUGCAGCGGCUCAAACGCCAGUUCGUCGCCGUCCACAAGAAGGCGAUCACGCUCGGCACGACCGAGAAGGGUGCCGUCGACUGGAGCGAACGCGCCGUCGCGACCAAGUUUGCCGAGUAUUUGGAGGAGAACGUCAGGCCGUAA